ACCAAACGGGUUUUUGGAGGAAAAAUCUGCAAUUAAAAAUGUCUAAAGUCCAAACGCUGAGAGUUGUUGUGAAGCAGCGACUAACUGCGGCUGCUGAAGAGAUAUUUGAGCUGUUUGAAAGAACGAUAGCAGAGUACGAGGAGGAACUGUGUCGACAACGGAAACUACUGGACGCUGGAGGUCGAUCACACCGAACAGAUGUCCAGGAGCUGAGUAAAGAACAGGUUCCCCCUGAGCAGCAGAACCAGGAGAACCUACAACAGCUACUACACAUUAAAGAGGAAGAGGAGGAACUCUGGACCAGUCAGGAGGGAGAGCAGGAGGCCGAUGUCAUCAAGUUCACAUUCAGUCCUGUCCCUGUGAAGAUCGAAGAAGAUGAUGACAAUGAAGAGAAACCUCAGUCCUCACAACUUCAUCAAAGGCAGGCUGAAGAGAACAGAGAUGGAGAUUAUUUGGAGCCAGAUAGUCAUGACAAGAUGUCACACUCUUCUGAACCUGAGACUGAUGACAACAUGUCUGAACCUGAGACUGACGACAGCUGUGACUGGAGGGAGACCAGGGAACCUUCAAACCCUGUGCAGAACAAUGAAGCACCUGUAAGUAAUAUGGAAUCUAGUAAUGAAAAACACUCAGCCAUCUCUUCUGAAUGUACUGCAAGCUUUGGGAACAAGAGUCGUCUGCAGAAACCCAGUGAAACCCAAGCAGAAGGUUCAACAAUUAGUUGCUCAGUUUGUGGAAAAAGUUACGACUCUAAGAACUCUUUGAAGUCUCACAUGAGACUUCAUUCAAAAGAAAAACGUUUCAGCUGCUCAGUUUGUAAAAAAACUUUCCAGUGGAGAAGAAACCUUGUCGCGCACAUGAGAAUCCACACCGGGGAGAAACCCUUCAGUUGUUCUGUCUGCGGCACAAAUUUCACACAUCGCUCAAAUUUGACCUCACACUUAAAACUUCAUACAGGAGAGAAACCUUUCACCUGCUCGGUUUGUAAAAUGAGUUUCAGUCUGAGAAAGACUUUAGACGCACACAUGAGCAUCCAUACUGGGGAGAAACCCUUUAGUUGUGAAGUUUGUGGUAAAACGUUUGCACGAAAGGCACAUAUGAGACAACACUUAGCUCUCCACACAGAGGAUAAAUCAUUCAGCUGCUCAGUUUGUGACAAAACCUUUUCAUGGAGAGGAGAUUUUGUGAGUCACAUGAAAAUCCACUCGGGGGAAAAACACUUCAGUUGUUCCUUCUGUGGUAAAAGAUUCGCACAAAACUCAAGUUUGACCUCUCACUUAACUCUCCACACAGGAGAGAAACCUUUCACCUGCUCAGUUUGUAACACAAGCUUCAGUCUCAGAAAGAACUUGACGAGACACAUGAGAAUACACACUGGGGAGAAACCAUUUAGUUGUUCCGUUUGUAGUCAAACGUUCACGCAGCAUGGAACACUGAAGCGACACCUGGCUGUCCAUACCGGGGACAGACCGUUUAGUUGUUCAGUCUGCAACAGGAAAUUCACUCGGCUCUCACAUAUCAAAAAUCACAAGUGUGUCAGUGAGAGCAGCGGAAUCAAUGAAGCUGCAGAGACAGAGGAAAACACCUGACUCAGCGCUGAUCAGCUGGAAACUGUGAUGACUUCUCAAAAGAAAUUGUGCUAAAACUCUUCUACGAUGAAGUGACAUUUAUUUUGUCUGUUUCUAUGAACUGCUUUCUUUGGUAUUCUGUGUAUUUGUUCAUUCAAAGUGUAUUUUAUGACACCCAUACAGCACUUUGGUCAACAUCGGUUUCAUUUGUGAUUUAUAGAUUACAUUUCUUACCUCCCACAUAUUGAAUUUGUUAGUAAUGUAGUGGACUCACCUGGUCUUAAGUUGAUCUUCCAUUAUGUGUCGAUCAUAAACAGUCGAAUAUUUUACCGCUCAUACAGUAUUUUUAUUGUUUUGGUCAAAUCAUGUCAGUAGAUCAACUCACAAUUCAACAGCUGAUGUGGUGGAUCUGCCCGCUGCCUUCAAAGCAAAGUGCAAAAAUAAAACUUGGGAAUUGUUUGUCUUGAUAAUAUGAUUGGUGAUGAUUUUACUUAAUUGAAAGGUUUAUUUUGCUGCUUCAGUCAAGAAUAAAAUCAUAAUGUAAUAGGUGGUAUAAACUGGUACAACUGAGCAAAAAUGGGUUAAAACUGCAAAAGCUGUAUAAAAAAAUAUGUUUAUCAUCACGAACAGACUGUUUACUGAAAGAGAUGAUGAAACAGAGUUGUAGGAAAAAGCUUAUGAUAUUCAUUUUUUAAGUAUUGUUUGUCUGUCACCCAAAACAUCCAGAUUUGCCCACUGGUUCCGACUGAAGGCUUGAAUCUUUAAAAAGAAUUUGACAGAUAGUUUCAAGAUAAAAGAUAAGCCUUCAGAUUUCCUAAAACAGCAGCUGUAAUUUAUAUACACAUAUAAUACUUAAUAAUAAUUAUAUACAGUAAAUUGAGUUUUUCUCUACAAAAUGAAAGACAACAUUUAUCUUAAUAAACACGACAGGUUUGAUGAUGUUUGCCUGAAGUCCACAGGACAGAAGCAGAGUCUCACUGUGCUACACUCAGAAACACAAGUUCAAGUUGUACACUAUUUAAAAAAAAUUAUUUCUGCUUUUUGUGUCAUUUAUUAAUUUCUGUGCAAAGAAUAACUCCUAAAAAUAAUCAAUAACAAUAACUACCAACCCCUUUAAAUGGGCCUGAAUGAACGUGAUCAUUUUUAAU